UGACCUACGUGGCCAAACUGAACCCCUGUCGCCAGAUGGGCACCAUGAACAGCUUCACGACCGUCGUCUUUGAGAAGGAGGCUGGCUUCUACAAGGAGAUCGCCCCGCUGCUCGAGAAGGAGCUGAAGUCCAUAGGCGAAAAGCCUCUGAAAUUCGCCAAGUGCUUCGGUCUCUUCACCCAGAAGGACAGCGAAGUGAUCAUUCUCGAAGACCUGCGUCCUGGGGGCUUCAAGAUGUUCGACCGCCACAAGGGAAUGGACAAAGAUCACGUGACGUUGGUGGUCAAGGAGCUCGGGAGGCUCCACGCGGCGUCGAAGCUGCUGCUGGACAAAAUACCCUACAAACUGGAAGAAAAGUUCCCGUUCAUGGCGAAAGAUUUUACCUCCUUCAACGAAACAAGUUCCAGACAUAUUAGUGGUACUGCAUCAACGCAGCUGAGAUGACGGAGAGGAUCGGCGGCUACGAGAGCGUGGUGGCGUGGCUGCGGGAGAUGGCGCCCAAGUGCAACGAGAUAUUCGAGGAACAGACGAAGAGCAACCCGCCGUUCGAGGUCAUAUGUCACGGCGACUGCUGGAACAACAACGUCCUUUUCAGAUACAACGAGGAGGGCGUUCCGACGGACGUGAGGCUGGUCGACCUCCAGAUCUGCCGCAAGUCCUCGCCAGGGACCGACC